GACCCUUCAGAAGCCUUAAAUGGUUAUUACGUCAAUACCCUGUGCUCAGCGCAUUAACAGUAUUUUCCUCUUAAACGUAAACAACUAGCUAUUGUCAGAGAAAUGCUGAAGAUCGUCUCAAUCGCGUUCUUGCUGGGAGGGUGCUCGGUGUUGGUGGAAGCCUGCUGUCUUCCCAAACAGUUUGAGUGCACCAUUGGUCUUCAAAACGCCACUUUUGGAGGCGGGAAGCUUGAUGUGUCAACGACGGGAUUUAUGCACUCAAUGGAUUUCAUCAACAAGAAAGUCGCCUAUGUUGGUCAGGACUUCAAGGUGCUGCAAGAUUACAGCAAGAUGAUGCAGUAUACCAUCAGCAAUGGGUACUGUACGGUCAAUAAACUGAUGAAGCCAAUAGACAACUGCAUAUCUGCGAAUGCAACAGUGGCAACAACAGUGGACAUGGGAGGGCCAAAGGGUGUCACACUUGAUGUCUACAAUGUCGAGAAAAUAUCCCCAGGGCCAGGGAUCUUCUUCAAGGGGUCAAUUGCAUUCAAUCAAGAGGGCUGUAUUCCCUUUUCAGAAAUUCUUAUGACAGAGGGCAGUUAUGCCACUGUGUCCUACAUCAACAUGACAUUUGGCAUCAAGGACCCGUCAGUGUUUGAUGUGCCCAGUCCUCCCUGUCCCAAGGACACUGACAACUUUGUGACCUCGCUGCAGCAGCAGCCUGCACCAUCCUGGCCGAUACUUCCAUCACUGCCGUGAUGUCGCUAAGGACACAUCAAAGAAUCCCUCCAGACACCAUCAAAGGACAAAUAAUUUCUUUCUGCUUUGCUUUAGUAAAAGAAGAUUGUGCAAAAUGUGAAUGCUUUGUGAUUUUUUCAGUGUAGUACAGCUGUAUUGAAUAAAUUUUGGUCUUUUGAUGCUGAA